CGGGAUGCUCGCCGUAAAGUGAAGCGGUAGCAGAAAAUAGAAAACUCACCAGAUAAACCAUUGCUCUCCAGAAUUCUCGGGGUGUCCUCCAAAAAAUGAACAAGAUUGCUGGCCUCCUGCGGCGAACCUUUGGAAUAGUACGUGAACACGUCGGGACAGAUCACUUGGGGAAUAAAUAUUACUCUAUUCCCGAACAGAAGACUUGGACAGGGAGGCAGAUCCGUGCCAGGCGGAUGGUGGAGGCAGCCAAUUCUGCAGAGUAUGAAUAUAUGGAGGGCAGCAUUCCGAUAGAGUGGGAAGCUUGGAUGCGAGGUAGACGGAAGGAGCCUCCCUCCAUCGAGGAGUUGAUGAUGCAUGAGUCCCAGAUGAACGAGGUCAAGCUGAAGGCGAAGGAGAUGGAGGAGAAAGAUCUGGCACUACAGGCUAAAGACUACGAGGAAGGCCUGGUGGCGACUCCCGGCAGGACGGUGGCCAAGGGCCACGCAUCCGCCACCGUCUUUGGCAAGGAGGAGCUCAGUGAGGAGCCAACCAGCACUGCUAACAAGUUCCAGCCCGGUUCCUGGACGCCCACAUCAAAAAAGUAGCUCGAGACCUCCACAGAGACUGAGACAUGAGGCAGUGCAAAGUGAAAUAAAGUCCAAACGUUAGCAGUGAGUACUUUGUUUAGGAUUGAAACUCUUCUGUGGAAGAGUUUCUGUUGUCAAAUUGAAGACUUGAACUAAAUAUAGAAUGAUCUGUUUUUAAGUUUAAAUAAAGCCUGAAAAAAAGUAGUAUGAAUUUACUUUAUUUGUAGAGCCACAACAGACACAAUGAGAUUUAUCAAAGUGAUCAAAUCAGGGCAAGUGCAGUUGUAUAAUUAUAAUUAUAAUAAAAUACUAUUGUGUGUUCUACUACCAAAACAGCGAGGUGUGUAUCUGUUGUCAGAUACACAACAUUUCUACUACCAGAACACAAUAAUAUUUCAUUAUAAUUUCAUAACCAGUCCUUUCCUUCAUUCUAGCAGAUUUCUGUCAAAUUUCAACAAAGAAUCCAAUUGGAAGAAUAAUCAGUUGGAGAUGAAUGUAUUCUUUUAUAAAUGUUGCCUGAAGAUACAAAAAUAAAGUUUCCCAACUUAAAAAUUGACAACAGAUACACACCUCGCUGUUUUGGUUUCUAAAGACAAGUGCAAGAAAUAAUUACUUUAAAAAAAGACUUGGAAUUUUAAAAUAAAUUGUUUUAAACAUUG